AUGGCAAACCCACAAGAAGCAAACAAGAAGGGCCUGAAGAAGGAGCAGGCCAACAAUGCCAAGGCCAUGAGUGCAUGUGCCGAGGCUAUCAAGGCCCUAGUCAAGCCCAAGGAGGUCAAGCCCGGGAUCCCAAAGAACAGCAGUCACAAGUUCAAUCAAGUUGCUCACAUCUCUCACCCCACGCUUGGGAAAAGUGUUUGUGCCCACAUCAAAGGGUCUCAGGCUCUGCCAGCCAAAGUCCAAGGCUCAAACCAGAUCCAGACUGCAGCUGUGGCUGUAUCUACAGCUCUGACUCCAGCUCAGGAUCAGGCUCCCAAAGGUGCCCAGACCCCUUCGAAGGCUCCAGAAGAGAGGCCUCUGUCUGAUGAUGUGAGGACAGAACUGGUGUGA